GGUUCUGUCAACAAGAACCAACCGGGGGGAGAGAUAGGGUCCUAUGUCAUCCUGCUGAUACUCCUCCCCAAAGAAGAAACAGGAGGGGAGAAAAAGCUAGUAAGAGUGGGUGGAAUAAGUAGGCUGGUGUCCCAAGGCCAAAUUGCUCCCCUGUUUUGAUCUCGUAAACAUUGCUGUGGACAAGAUACUAUAGAAAAAGAAAGGAAGAGAGAAAAAGACAGGGAAGAGAGUUAUGAAUCGGCAGCGAGCAGAGAGAGAGCAGAGAGACGAGAGAGAGAGAGAGAGAGGAGAGAGAGAGAGAGAGAGAGAGAGAGAGAGAGAGAAGAGGAGGAAGAGAGAAGAGAGCGAGAGAGAGAGCGAGAGCGAGGAGAGAGAGAGAGGAGAGAGAGAGCGAGAGGAGAGAGCAGAGCGAGAGAGAGGAGAGAGAGAAAGAGAGAGAUGAGAGAGAAAAGAAGGAGAGAGGAGGAGAGAAAAGGAAGGAGGAGAGAGGAGAGAGAGAGAGAGGAGAGAGAGAGAGAGGAGAGAGGAGAGGAAAAAGAAAGGAGAGAGAGAGAGAAAAAUGAAGGAGAGAGAGGAGAGAGAGAAAACAGGAAGGCAGGAGGAGAGCGAGAAAAGGAAGGAGAGAGAGCAGAGAGAAAGGAGAGCGAGAGAAAAGGAGAGAGGAGAGAGAGAGAGAGAGAGACAAAGGAGGGAGAGAGAGAGAAAUGAAAGGAGAGAGAGAGAGGGAAAAGGAACGGAGGAGGGAGAGAGAGAGAGAGAGAAAAUACAGAGAGGGGAGCGCAAAAGAAGAGAGAGAGCCGACAAAAGAAGGAGAGAGAUGAGAGAGAAGAGAGAGCGAGAGAGGAGAGGCGAGAGAGAGAGAGAGAGAGAGCGAUAGAGGAGAGAGAGAUAGACCGCAAGGGAGAGAGCGAGAGAGAGAGCGCGUGAAAGCAAGGAGAGUAUCUCUCUCUCUACAUUAUGUCGCUAUCUAUCUCUCUUUAUGCUCGAUACAUUAUCUUUUUUCUUAUCUCUCCUCCCCGGAAUUCUCUCCUCCCUGAUUCCCUUAUCUCUUCUCUCUCUCUCUCUCUCUCUCUGAGAGCUGGUAGUGGGCUAGCUGGUUAGUCUCUUUGUGCUGAUUGCUCUGGCUCUGCUGGUCUUUGUUGUGACUGCCUGCUUCAGGGUUACCUCGUGAAGAGCGCCAGGCGGAUCAGAUGUCGGCGCAGAGAAAGGGGGCAGUGUUUCUCACACUCCUCUCUGGCUCUGCCUCUCUCUUCGUUCAAUUCAACAGGUCUUUUACCUGAGAACAUGAAAACAGUGACACCAUUUUUUUCACACACACACACCACAGGAGGUUGGUGGCACCUUAAUUUGGGAGGACGGGCUCAUGGUAAAGGCUGGAGCGGAAUUAGUGGAAUGGUAUCAAAUACAUCAAACACAUGGUUUCCAUGUUGUUGAUGCCAUUCCAUUCACUCCGUUCCAGCUGUUAUUAAGAGCCGUCUUCCCCUCAGCAGCCUCUACUGACACACACACACACACACACACACACACACACACACACAGCCCCCAUCAGCAAACACGUAAUAACAUCUACCAAACAAAAAAACUUCUCAAGGCUGUAUUAUUUACUGAAGAGCCAAGGAAGUCCCCCUGGUCCCAUGACGAUGAUGGUGACAGCUGAGGUUCCUGUCCUGUCCUCUUUCAUUGUGCCUCACAAGUCCCAGGGUGUGUGUGUGUGUGAGUGUGUGUCUGUCCUCUUUCAUUGUACUUCGCUCACAGGGAGGAGGACAAGGCAGACAAUAGUGUUGGCAGUGAUGUUAAUGGAGUAAAAGACUACAGUGUAGCUAGCAGCAGUGCAUAUGCAGAUGUCGUCAGGGAUGUAAUCUUACCAGAGAUGGAGCCUAACAGUACAUUGUCACUGAUUCACUUACAUUACAUUGCAUUACAUUGUCCCACCCAUGUUUACAGUCACUGCGAUGUAAUAUUCCUUGGCACAUACAGCCUUAUCUCAUGUAUGGGAGUCUGUAGGACAGGGAGAGAGGAACAGGGGUUGGAGGACAGGGAGAGAGAGGGGUAGGGUGAGAGGGAGAGGGGAAAGAAGGGAGAGGAGGUGAAAGGGAGAGGGUAUUAGGAGAAAGGGGAGAGGAAGGGAGGAGUCGGAGGGAGAGAAGGGGAGAGGGGGAAAGGAGAGACAGGGAGAGAGGGGGAAGAAGGGAGAGGGCAGAAGGGAGAGGGUUAGGAGGCUGCCCUGGGGAGGGCACAGACUAUAUUCUCAGAUUCUUCUCCCACUUGUUAUUUAAGGGGGGAGUCAUUUAUCUUGAGCCAAAUACAGACUACUAUACUGACUAAAACUGAUUGACCGCCCAAACGCAAUACAUAGGGUUUGCUUUUCUCAUCCACUGUGCCUAAGAUGUGCUCAGUAAAAAUGGCUUAAGAAAACACAGUCCAGAUCUAGGCCAUAUUCAUGUUGUUUUCUUUGCCUCCUCAGUCUUGGAUUCUUCUUGGAUCUAGUUUCUGUUAGGGAUCAACAGCAGAGGUUUUCCAUCUUUACCAGACAAUACCCUUUCAUUAAAGUGUAGCAGGAGUAAGCCUAGAGUUUUUCUCUCUAGGGGUCAAUUUUGAAGUGUUCUCAGACGCAGUCUAGGGUAGUCGUUUUCACAGUGAGAUUGCUUUCAAAGGGAAAGUCAUCAGUUGGCACUUGGCAGGGAGGGAGGCCCUUCUUCUGCCAGGCAUGUUUAUGCGUGAUUGUCACAUAAAAACACCUCAGGACCACAAGGCUCAGGUCUCAUCUGCUGUAGUCCUACCAGAUGAGGAGGCGGUCAGACAGUCAGACGGUUGGGGGUGGCGGUGGAGUGUCUGUGCUGUGUUAUUCUCCAUCAAUCCACUGGAUAUGAGCUGCCUCCACCCCUCUCCCUCGCCUCCAUUUAGAGAGAGUGAUGGUAGACUCUUCAAAAAAAGGGUUCCAAAAGGGUUCUUCGGCUGUCCCCAUAGGAGAACCAUUUUUGGUUCCAGGCAGAACCCUAUUUGGUUCCAGGUAGAACACAGGAUUUUGAAUUCAACAGAUUUUUGGUUACCAAUUUGUUUGUCAAAAUCAAUUUGCAAGCCAGAAACCCUGCUGGGAAUAGGUGCCAUUUGAGAUGUAGCCUAUGAGUAAUGGUCUAAUUUUGUUCAGUGUAGUAUAUCUGUCCUUUGUUAUCUCUGUAGGUGUUGAAUCUGUGGUAAAGAAGCUUGAGAAACAUCCUGUUGGUCCUCCAUGUUUUUCUCAGUAGUUUAUUUGUGAGCUUCUGGCUGCUUUAAGGCCCUGCGAUAGACAUCUUGUCCUACGGGCUGCUCUGGCUCAGACAAGGCUACUAGUCUGACUGCUUUGCAGGUCAUAAACUGAACUAGAGGAUAAGUGGAAAUCAGUGAGGCAGACUCAGCAAGAGAACUGUCUGGAGUAAUAGGGCAGAUGAAGUUCCCUGUUGAUUAUGACGUCCGUGCUGAGUCUCUGUGGUACUUGGCUGGUGUUGAGCUGGGACUGUGUCCUCUCUCCCAGAGCCCUACCUGCCUGCCUCUCAUGGCCCUCCUAGUCAGAACACUGCUGGUGAUAAUACAACUGGUAUAACUGGUCAGGUUGGCCACUGACUGUAUGAGAAUAAAAGCCUGGUCCCAGAUCUGUUUGUGCUGGCCUGCCAACUCCUAUGGUCAUUGGCAAGACAUCACAAACAAGUCUGGGACCAGGCUAUGAGAAUAAGGGUUGGAUGUGUAGUGAAUUAGGGCGGUGUUGUUACCAGGCUCAGGCCCUGUGUGUGGCUCGUGGGAUCAACGGGGGUACAUAUUGGUCCUACCCACUGGCUAUUGUCCUGCAAUAUGCUGUUGGAAAAAAAUAGCUCAAAUGUCAAAGGAUGGGAAUGGCAUUGACUUCACAGAAUCAACACAAAGCUGUGUAUUCACUCCUUUGUCAGGCCGAUCAAUCUCAGGUCAAACAAGAAAAAACUUUGCUGGGGUUGCUAGUGGGCAGCGUGCAACUAUGACAAGCACGCAUUUUAUGAGUUUUCUUUCUGCAUCACUGUAUUUUUCCUCCUUCCAAAACUAUCAGGAGAGGUGCUAACUCUGUUGGAAUAGUAUUAUUUUGCGAGUCUAAAAAAGUCCUACUUUCUUAAUACUUUUCUUAUCUUCUUCUUGUAAACACAGGAUGUAGAAAGUAAAAUGAAGUUAGCUAAAUUGGGUUAUGUUGCUCCAAUUACCCAGAUCUAGCUCGAGGGGAAACAUCCCUUCUGUAUCAGUGUGUGUGUUGCAGUCAGGGGGCCUGGAGAAACAGUAGAGACACUUCUAGUCUUACUCUUGUCCGUCAUGCUUUCAAAGCAACAUUAUAAACUGGGUGGUUCAAGCGCUGAAUGCUAAUUGGCUGAAAGCUGUGGUAUAUUAGACUGUAUACCACAGGUAUGACAAAAACUUACUUUUUACUGUUCUAAUUACGUUGGUAACCAGUUUAUUAUAGCAAUAAGGCACCUCUGGGAUUUGUGGUAUAUGGCUAAUAUACCAUGGCUAAGGGCUGUAUCCAGCCAUUAAGAACAGCCCUGAGCAGUGGCAUAUUGGCCAUAUCCCACCCCCUCUGGCAUUAUUGCUUAAUUAUACAGCUGCACACACACAUAUAUACAGUACCAGUCAAAAGUUUGGACACAUCUACUCAUUCAAGGGUUUUCCUUAUUUUUACUAUUUUCUACAUUGUAGAAUAAUAGUGAAGACAUUAAAACUAUGAAAUAACACAUAUGGAAUCAUGUAGUAACCAAAAAAGUGUUAAACAAAUCAAAAUAUAUUUUAGAUUUUAGAUUCUUGAAAGUAGCCACCCUUUGCCUUGAUGACAGCUUUGCACACUCUUGGCAUUCUCUCAUCCAGCUUCAUGAUGUAGUCACCUGGAAUGCAUUUCAAUUAACAGGUGUGCCUUGUUAAAAGUUAAUUUGUGGAAUUUCUUUCCUUCUUAAUGUGUUUGAGCCAAUCAGUUGUGUUGUGACAAGGUAGGGGUGGUAUACAGAAGAUAACCCUAUUUGGUAAAAUACCAAGUCCAUAUUAUGGCAAGAACAGCUCAAAUAAGCAAAGAGAAACAGUCCAUCAUUACUUUAAGACAUGAAGGUCAGUCAAUCCGGAAAAUGUUCUUCAAGUGCAGUCGCAAAACCAUCAAGCGCUAUGAUAGUAGAAAAUAGUAAAAAUAAAGAAAACCCCUGGAAUGAGUAGGUGUGGUAGUGUAUAUGUACCUGUAUGUACAGUACACACACACCUGUGUGUUUUCUACUCAGGCUUUAACCGUUAGGGGAGAAACAAACCUGAACAUAAACCUGAACAUCGAGCUGUUUGGUGGGUUUUCAUGUUAGAGAUCAUGGCUCCGUCAUCAGCAACAGGAACAAAGAGUAGAUAAAUAGCUUAAUAUCGUCUGUUUGUUUUUCUUUGUAAAGUUAAUGUUUGGAUAAUUAAAACACAUUCAUAUGACACAAUGAACAAACGUUAUGCCCCGCCCCCUUGCUUUAAAUAUUCUACUGUAUAUGUUCUUUACCAGAAGGCUGACAGAGUUGUUCAUGUUGUUAUUUAGGGCACAAGUUUUGCUCUUUAGGAUUUAAACUAAUAACUACAAUACAGGAAGCUCUCUGGUCUGGUUUUAGGGCUAGUGCAGAGUAGGCCGUGUGUGUGCUACAUAAUUUAAUUAGGAGAGUAGUGAACCCUGCCUGUAUUGUGCCCUGAGGUUCUUCCAUAAUCUGCACGGCUAGUGGUUCUAGGCUGACGCUGUGGUCGCCACAGGAGUUGGCAAGACAGCAUAAACAGAUCUGAGACUAGGCUUGGCUGCGGCAGAUCCUGGAUCGGAUUUGAGGUUGUUUGUUCGCUCUUACCGUCAUCGCAUGUAGGUAAAUCAUCACUGUGUUGUUUGUAUUGGAGACAGACUUAUUUCACAUUGUAAACUGUACUGGGAACUGUGGUAGUGACACCCACUCAGCAAACAUUAGUAGUUCUCUAGUCCUUACAGGAUUAACCAUGAAGAAAACAGACUAUUUACAUUGACAGAGAGUCUGUCUGGAUCCUCCAAUGAGGCCCAUAAAUACUGAACUAUUUAGACCACUCAUAGUGUAUCAUUUCCCCCCAAGAAGCUGACAGACAUUGUAAACAACGUUACUGUACUGAACUGGUGGUAAACCACAAGUGUCAUCAGCUUUAUUUGUUACUGUCUGAGAUUCUGAAAUAUUUCAAGUUUUAAAGUAUUGUUGGAUAUCAAACUUUGUGGUCAGUUGCCAUCCUGUUUCUGACAUUUGGAAUAAAUGAGAUGGAGCUCACACAUCGACAGCCCUCCGAGUGGAUGACCUUUCCAAGGAAGAGAGAGAGAGCGAGAGGAGAAAGAAAGAGAGAGACAUAAACCCAUAUUUAUGUUUAUUUAUUUUCCCAUUUGUACUUUAACUAUUUGCACAUUGUUACAACACUAUAUAUAUAUAUAUAUAUAUACAUAAUAUGACAUUUGAAAUGUCUUUAUUCUUUUGAAACUGAGUGUAAUGUUUACUGUUAAUAUUUAUUGUUUAUUUCACUUUUGUUUACUAUCUACUUCACUUGCUUUGGCAAUGUUAACAUACAUUUCACAUGCCAAUAAAGCCCUUACAUUGAAAUUGAAUUGAAUUGAAUUGAGGGAGAGAGAGAGAGAGAGAGAGAGAGAGAGAGAGACAGCAGCAAGAUUUGUGACCUGUUACCACAAGAAAAGGGCAACCAGUGAAGAACAAACACCAUUGUAAAUAAAACCCAUAUUUAUGUUUAUUUAUUUUCCCAUUUGUACUUUAACUAUUUGCACAUUGUUACAACACUGUAUAUAUACAUAAUAUGACAUUUUAAAUUUCUUUAUUCUUUUGGAACUUCUGAGUGUAAUGUUUACUGUUAAUAUAAAGUUUAUUUCACUUUUGUUUACUAUCUACUAUCUACUAACAUACAUUUCCCAUGCCAAUAAAUCCCUUACAUUGAAUUGAAUUGAGAGAGAGAGAGAGAGAGAGAGAGAGAGAGGAGAAAUAAAGAGAGAGCGAGAGAGAGAGACAGAGAGAGAGCCCAUGCCAAUAAAGCCCUUAAAUUGAAUUGAAUUGAAUUGAGAAAGAGAGAGAGAGAGAGAGAGAGAGAGAGAGAAAGAGAGCGAGAGAGAAGAGAGAGAGAGAGAGAGAGAGAGAGAGAGAGCCCAUGCCAAUAAAGCCCUUAAAUUGAAUUGAAUUGAAUUGAGAAAGAGAGAAAGAGAGCGAGAAUUUAGAGCAAAUUUGUAACCAUUAAGAACAGGACACAUUCCUUGGGUAAUUUUGGACAUCUGGAAUGCUCGUGUUUUUUCUGAGCUGUGUAGAUUUUGGAAGGCAGAGGUUGCGUCCUAUAUAGUGGACUACUUUUGACCAGAGCCUAUGGGUAGGACACUAAAUAGGGAAUAGGGUGCCAUUUGGAAGGCAAUGUUUUGUCAAAGAAGCCUAAUAUAACAGAUUCUGACUGAUCUCUCCACUACAGUCCUUCAGGUCCGAGAACCCUACAGUAGUUCAUUUCAGAUACUUUUUUUGUGAGUCAAAUUAUUUUCUUCAUUUUUAGAGGCUUUCAGAUAUAUUUUUUUUCCUCAGGCAGGCAGCUUUGCAUUCUUUUAUGUUUAAUUUAUUUUCAGAGAGUUCUUUCUAGACGUUCAAAGGAACAGUGAUUAUAGUUGCUCGUUGAUGUUUCUGUCAAUGUGGUUUUAAACAAAGUUGGCAAAUGUAGAGUAAAGUUGAGAUGCUAUGUUAUUUCUGCUUUAGAUAUUGUGUGUUUAGGAGCAGCAUCUUAUCGAAGUCUGACUCCCACCAGACAUCUGAGUCUGAGUCAAUGACACACUCAGCAGUAGCCUGGAAAUCCAGUCUGUACACUGUUCCAUUUCAUGUUCUUUUCACUUCUUUCAUGUGAUUCAGUCAGGAUUUCCAGGCUACUUCAGCAAUACUGCACAGAAAAGAAGCAAUGUGCCACAGUCCUCACCCAUCCCCUCAGACAGUCAGUCCAACAUGAUUCAUGCUGCUGAUGGAAAUAUCCAAUCAGCCCACUGCAUUGUGGAAAAUAAAUAAAAAUACACUUUAUAUGUGAUAUUCCACUGCUAUGAAUCAUUGUAAGGAUAGGAAUAGCAUAGGAAAGUCCAUGGGGCAUGAUGAUACACCACAUGCUGUCGCUAUUGAUACAAUGGUUUAUUGGUUCGUUGGUAAAUUUAAUCUUGUACACAUUCGCAGCUAAAAGCUGAAUUGCAGUAUACUUACUACUAAUGGUUGAAGGGUUCAGAGGAUCAUGAAUAGACUGGGUUGUGAUCUCUUCAAGCUCAGUUAGCGUAGCUAUUUCUCAAUUAGUCUUUCUGCAAUUCCUCACAUCCUAUCUCCUAGCCUCCUUCUCAACCAUAUUGGAGGUCUCUCACCUCAGACUUUCUUUAAAGAAGGAGGCUAGGAGAAAGGAUGCAAGAAGGAAAGAUGAACAUGGAAAGAUGAAUUGAGAAAGAGCCUGUGUGUGUUAGGAGGUGAGGCCAGGGGUAAGUUGUAGCUGAGGGUCACAGGUCAAGUUGACAGGCAGUUUGUGGUGUGUGUGUGUGUGUGUCUGUGUGCGUGUAUUGGUGCGUAUGUGUGGUUUGGCUGUGGGGCUCUGUCUAUGUGGGAUGUAAAAUGGGGGGCCUUGAGUUUGAGCCAGACUGACAAAACAGAGCAAAACCUUCAUGGUCUCUUCAAAGAGAAAUGCUGAGGCGAUCAGUUACACAUGACAGGGUGGCGAGGAGAGGACCUAGCUGUAGCUAACAGCCUCGUAUUGUUGCACUUCCUGGUGUUUAAGAGAUUUCAGAGUUGACCACUGACCUCUGUUUAUGGUCUCAUGACUCAUGGUAGGAAGUCUUUACCCAGAGGCAGAGGCCCAUGUCAUAGAACGAAUACACACACACACACACACACACACACACACACACACACACACACACACACACACACACACACACACACACGCCUGUGUUAUACUGUAUAGUGUGUGUUAACAUUCAAGAUGGUGGAGUAGAGACAUAGUUGUCAAACAACAAAUUAGAGCAAUCAUGCUAAAUGUCUUAAUUUGAGCCUCGGCAGUAAAACUUUUGGCUGUUGCCUGUGGGCUGUUCUCCUCUCUCAUGUUGUGUGGUGUUAAGUGUUUUUAUGGCUGGAUAAGUGAUAGUAAUAAGAUAGUAAGUAGCAAGUAAUAAUAGUCAUUUCCUUUCUGUUUUAGAGAGAGGCUGUAGCUACUAGCUAGCCUGUGGUCAAAAAGUGCAGUGUAGUCACUACUGAAAGUUUCAGAAGCUUAUUGCGAGCAACUUGCGACCAACCGCAGAGGAGGACUGCUUCCCAAAUGGCACCCUAUUCCCGAUAUAGUGCGCUACUUUUGGGGCUCUGGUCAAAAGUAGUGCGCUAAAUAGGGAAUAGAGUGCCAUUUGGGAUGCAGUUUAGGGUUUUGGAUGAGCUCAUGCAACAGGAUGCCUCAAGUCAACACAGGAAGUGAGGUCAUAGGUCUGCGUUGAUCCUCCCCCAAAAAACACUAAAUUGGCCUCUAAAAACACAAUAUACUGAUGCAUGGUCAUCAGCCCUGGAACUGCCAUGAAAUGAUAAAUUAUGAUGAAAUGAUUAAUGAAUGAUUCAACAAAGAUGUGUGCACCAGUGGCGGUCAGCGCCGUUUAAGUUGAGGAGGACAAUUUUUUUCAUGAGCAUGGCCUUAUUUCUAUUACAGCAUAUUGGAUGACUCUCAUUCAUAUUCCAUUCACCCAGUUCAAUAUAACAGCGAUAGGUUUAGGCUACUACAUGAUACUCUAAUUUUCCCUAUACCCAUCAUGAGGUUGCUACAACCUAGCCUAUGAAUGAAAGUUUACAAUGUAGGUGCACACAGGUCAAGAGACAAAUUUGAGGUGACAGACAGUGAGUGACUCAUGGACAGACAGUGACAUUAAAUACCGCCUUGCACCCUCUUGCCUGCAUCUAGCUGAUAGAGGGUGUAAUCAUUAGUCCAACAGUUGCAAACGAGAGUUUCUAUUGCACAAAUUCAGGUAUGUUUUUGUUCCGUUUGCUUCCGUUUAAGAAACGUUUUUCAACAGAAUUUGCGGAAUGAAUACACCCCUGAUCACGCGUAAACACAGUUCACUUUCAUAGCAGUAUGUGACCAGGCAAAAAAACCUUUCCAAGCCAAACCGCUACACACAGCCUACAUCGUUGUCACCAUAUUAGCUAAAGUAACGUCAUAGUCAGCAUAGCUAAUAGCACUAAUGAGUUAGUAAACCUGCUACAAUCAUGCAGUAACGUUGCAGUGUACUGUCAGUAAGCAGUUACACCGGCAGGCCCCGGAGGCAAUAAAUUAGUAAUACCAAAAGCUUACCUUGACUUGGAAGAGUUCCAGUGUUGUGUUGGAAAGUCAUAGCCAGCUAGCUAACAUAGCAUCCCUCUGUUUGAGCAGGGUGUUUCAGUAGGCUAGAGUAGCUAUUGCUAGCUAAGUAAGUGAAACUGAAAUUGAAAAAAAAAGGACUAAAUCUCACUCUCUCUCUCUAUUUCUCUCUUGCUUCUCCUUCAUUUUGGAAGAAAUUAAUUUGUUCAAAACUGAUCGUCUAUUGUCUUUCUCUCUAUUUAAGUCAACUACUCACCACAUUUUAUACACUGCAGUGCUAGCUAGCUGUAGCUUAUGCUUUCAGUACUAGAUUAAUUAUCUCGUCCUUUGAUUGGGUGAACAACAUGUCAGUUCAUGCUGCAAGAGCUCUGAUAGGCUGGAGGACAUCCUCCGGAAGUUGUCAUAAUUACUGUGUAAUUCUAUGGAAGGGGGUGAGAACCAUGAGCCUCCUAGGUUUUGUAUUGAAGUCAAUGUACCCAGAGGAGGACGGAAGUUAGCUGUCCUCUGGCUACACCAUGGUGCUACCCUACACAGUGCUGUUGAGGCUAUUGUAGACUUUCUUUGCAAAAUAGUGUGUUUUAAUCAAUUAUUUGUUAUAGUUUUAUCUAAAAAGGAUAACUUCUUAAAUGUUAUAAAACAUUUUUUUAAAUGAAAUUCACUGAGGAGGAUGGUCCUCCCCUUCCUCUUCUGAGGAGCCUCUACUGGUGUGCACUGAUAUUUGCAUUGGGGUGUGUCUGAUGAAAUCUUGUCUGUCUUGUGUUUCAGAAUUCCAUGAACCUUCCUCCCGACAAAGCCAGACUCCUCAGACAGUAUGAUAAUGACAAGAAAUGGGACCUCAUCUGUGACCAGGUAAACUCCUUUAAACACUACAACACAUGUAAUAAUAAUAAUAAUAAUAUGCCAUUUAGCAGACGCUUUUAUCCAAAGCGACUUACAGUCGUGCGUGCAUACAUUUUUUGUGUAUGGGUGGUCCCGGGGAUCGAACCCACUACCUUGGCGUUACAAGCGCCGUGCUCUACCAGCUGAGCUACAAGUAAACAAUCCCACACAUACACUUCUACAAACCCACACAUCUAGUCUAUUCGAACACCAAUAGCUAUUAGGCAAUGUUGAUAGAUUUGAUAGAUAUUUUUCCAGUGUAGGUUUAGUAUUUUCUCCAUAAUGGUUUGAACCCUAUUACAUUGCACUGCUCACUCUGUCCACCCUCUUCCCCGUGUGAUAUAUUAGGAACGGUUUCAAGUGAAGAAUCCUCCUCACACCUACAUCUCCAAGCUACGGGGCUACUUAGACCCAGGAGUCACACGCAAGAAGUUCCGAAGGCGGGUCCAGGAAUCCACUAAGGUUCUGAGGGAACUGGAGAUCUCGCUGAGGACCAAUCACAUAGGGUGAUGAUCUAUUCUCAUCCCUCCCUCCCCUCCCCUCUUCUCUUCUCUUUCAACCAUUUAGAGUCAGUACCAGAAAUCACCAAUAUUACUGUCCCUUUUUACAUGACGUUUACCAGAAAUUGAUGUGAGAUUGAUGUGUCUUCUACGAAUACCACACUGUAGUGUAGAUGUUACCUCUGGGGCGGGGGACAGCUACAAGAAUAAUGGCUACUAUGGAAGUGAAAGGCCGAUGGGAAAUCAACUCCCUUAUCAUUUUCCCCUAUAAGAAACAAUUCCACAAUAUCCCCUUUAAGAAUGAACCUUGUUUUCCCCUUUUAAUAGAGAAAGGGCCUUUCUGUGCUCCUCCUCUUUCUCUUCCUGUCCUAGGGACCAACAGCUUGUUUUCCUGAUGCCCAGAUCUCUCCUAUUGUUCUGUCCUGCCACCCUCCCCAGCCUGCUUUAGUUCCUAGCGGAGUCUUCCUCUUCACAAUGCCCAGAUGGUAGUCAUUGUAUUGUGCUGCUAGGAAAGGAAUGGUCCACUCCCACAUAACAUAGCAGAGAGCAGGAAGCUUAGUUGUGUACGCCAGAGGGACAGUAAGCAUGGCCUACCAACGAUGAACCCUGAGGAAAACACAAACAAAUAUGCACAGAUGCGCGCACACACAGACAAAUUCACAGACAUAUACACAAUUUGGACACGCCUUCUGUAUUCAGCCCUUCCUUCCUCACUAUCAUCCUCAAAUCUCUCAUUGAUGUCAUAAUCAGAUGUCACACAGAUACUUACUGUACCUCUGAUGGCAGUGCGUCAGAGAUGUCCCCUGCCCUUUAAAGCAAACUAAAAUAUGCUCUUGUAUUAAAAAGAGUUCUUUGUGAUUUUUCAUUUUAUUCAGGGCGGACCUCCAAUAAUAGCUGCUAUAAAAGUCUGUGUUCUAAUGUCUUUCCCAGAAAGACACACAGGCAGGAAAAGACAGAGGCUAUUUUGAGACAGAGGCUUUGGUUUGGUUGGUAAAUCCAGUGGAACAGAGCCCUGUUUAUUGUGUGUCCGAAUCCUGGCCCUCUCCGACGUGUUAUUCCUCAGAUUGCCAAGACAAUCUGAAAUAGCAUCUGGUUGGACAGGAAAAGAAGGGGAGAGAGGGGGGCUGGUAGACAGGAAACUGAUGAUCAAGUGCGCCUCCCCCUCCUCCCCCUCAUCCGCCCCUUUUCUCCUCCUCCGCCCCAAUCUCACUCUUUCCUCUCUUUCUCUGCUCAGGGGGGCUCUCUCUCCCUCCUUUUUGCCUCACCUUUGGCUAUCCAGAGUCUUGUGUUACCAAACAGUCCCCUGCCCCAGUAACCUCCCUAACCAGCAUAUUGGGGAUAUUUUGGAACCUUUACCCCAAUUCCACUCCCCUGGGGUUUCCUAAUGGGGGAGCAGGGGUCUUGGGGCUAAGGGGGAAGGCAGACUGAGGGCUUGAUUCAAACCGUAUUGCUGAUGUUCAGCGCUAUAGCGCGAUUUUAAUUUAAAGGCAAUGUUCCUGCGUUUGCGGAGACUGCAUCCAUGGUAAACGUUGCAUAUGUCGGCUCAAUCGUAAAUUACCUUUCAAUUUAAAUCGCACUGUAGCGCUGAACUUCAGCGAUACGGAUUGAAUCGAGCCCUAAAUACCAUGACUGUCAGGGACUCCAACUUGAGCCCAGUCUUUACUCUCUCUCUUAGCCAUACCAUAUGCCUUCCACAUUCUUUCUCUCAUCGCAAUGGGAAUUCAUUUGUUUGGAUUUUCUUUUCCCCCCUUCAGAAAACUGGAGUUAAAUAGAGAGGAAAUCUGAAGCCUUGCUCACUCGCGUUUACUUUCCGUUGCUGCCUUGCCAAGUUCUUUCUCUCUCCAUCAGGGGUGUAGUGGGGGUGUAGGGGACCCCAUUCUGAGCAGACUUUAGUCUACAAGAUGUAGACUCAAAUAUGUUGGCUUUUGCAGCUCUUAGGAAUGUGGGUAGCUAGUGUGUUCAGGUUUUUAGUCUGCCCUUCUCCUUGUCCCUCUCUCCUGCCUCUCUGUACCUCUGAUUAUUAGGGCUAUUAUCAUUUUCCAUGUAUCAUAACAUAGUGCCAGGAGUUUUUCCUGAGCAUGUGAACUCACCAGGAAAAACUCUAGAGUAAUGCCCAGAGUUUUCCCCUGGUCAGGUCAUGUGGGGAAAAGUCCUGGCUCUACUUAGGGAUGAUCCGUGACUAGCAGAUAAGGGUGUUAGCCCUUGAAUAUUCUGGCCUGCUAACCCCUCUCUGUGUCCCAUGUCACCCAGGUGGGUCCGGGAGUUCCUCAACGAUGAGAACAGAGGUCUGGAUAUCCUGGUGGAGUACCUCUCCUUCGCACAGUGUGCUGUCAUGUGAGUACACACACCCUAAGCUUAGCACAUCUCUUCAGAAGAGACUAGAAGUAGUUCGCUACCUAACCAGUUUGGCACUGGAUCCAAGAAGUGUUGAUACCAACAGAUAGGAGCUAAGGUCACACUCUUGUGUCUGUGAAAAGGGGCAAUAGCACACUGGACGGAUUCCUUAUAGCAUUGUGUUCCUUUGAAUGUGCCUGAAUGUGCUUGUAUGCUGCGUACUUGGCAGACUGAAUAAGUGGUUGGACUUGAUUGUGAACCAUGUGUCUGUGCUGUUAUAUUGCCAUGCUGGCAUAUUAUGGACUGGGCCUGAAUGGGAAUGACUGAGCCUGUCAACUCUGUGUUGCACUAAGCUUUACAGUGCAGCCAUUUACUGUGCAGUUCUACUGUAUAACAUAACCUUUGACCUUUUACCAAGCUGCAUUUCUAACCUAAUCUACCUCGACCCGUCUGCCCAUCAUCUGUCUGUCUGUCUAUCCAUAUGUCUACCCGUCUGUCCAUCCGUCCGUCUGCCUGUAUGUCCGUGGCCCAGGUUGAAUUUUGAGGGUCUGGAGAAUGGGGAGGAGGGUUCCCUGGACAAGGCUAAGUCCUGGAGUAGGUCUAUAGAGGAUCUACACCAGAGUGGCGCUCAGCCUUUCUGCAAUACGCUGGUCCGCUCCGCGCGCCAGUCUGUGCUCCGGUACGUAUCGUCUGCUACCACGUUGCUGCUGCUGCUAUCGCUGCUGUUACUGUGCCUCGCUCAUCUAACCCCCUGGCCCUGACGUAUGUUAGCAUGUUAGCAUGUAAGGUAGCGGUCCAAACAUAUGUUAGCAUGUCAGCUAGUUGUUUGCUAUGAUGAUGAUGAUGAUGAUGCCAUGAUGUAGAGCAGUCUAGGUCUGGAGAGGAUGUGAAAGGAUUGAUGAAGAGGGAUGGGGAAUGAUUUGUCACUCCUGACCUCACUGCAGGGGUUUGUGGGUUAAACGAUCAGAGACAGAGAUGGAGACAGAGAGGUGGUUUCUGACCCAUGCACUGUGCGUUUCCUUUCAUGUUUGAUGGUCUUCCUCCUUCCAGAUGUGUUCCACUGUCCUGGCCUGGCUAGAUUAGGCCCAGCUCUUCUGAGCUCCACAUGUGGGCCGCCUGCCCUGUGAUUCUCCGUCUAGUGAGCUUAUCCCACACAGAGAGAGGGGAGAAAAUAGGCUGUGAUAGGAAUAAGACAACGAAACAUAAACAUGAUGACAUUAAUAAUUUUGAGAUUAGAAUAGUCAACAGACAUAACCCUGUUUAUACAGUACCAGUCAAAAGUUUGGACACACCUACUCACUUACUAUGUUCUACAUUGUAAUAGUGAAGACAUCAAAACUAUGAAAUAACACAUAUGGAAUCAUGUAGUAACCAAAAAAGUGUUAAACAAAUCAAAACAUAUUUUAUAUUUGAGAUUCUUCAAAGUAGCCACCCUUUGCCUUGAUGACAGCUUUGCACACUCUUGGCAUUCUCUCAACCAGCUUCAUGAGGUAGUCACCUGGAAUGCAUUUCAAUUAACAGGUGUGCCUUGUUAAAAGUUAAUUUGUGGAAUGUCUUUCCUUCUUAAUGCGUUUGAGCCAAUCAGUUGUGUUGUGACAAGGUAGGGGUGGUAUACAGAAGAUAGCCCUAUUUGGUAAAAGACCAAGUCCAUAUUAUGGCAAGAACAGCUCAAAUAAGCAAAGAGAAACGACAGUCCAUUAUUACUUUAAGACAUGAAGGUCAGUCAAUCCAGAAAAUUUCAAGAAUUUUGAAUGUUUCUUCAGGUGCAGUCGCAAAAACCAUCACGUGCUAUGAUGAAACUGGCUCUCAUGAGGACUACCACAGGAAAGGAAGACCCAUAGUUAGCUCUGCUGAGGAUAAGUUCAUUAGAGUUACCAGCCUCAGAUAGCAGCCCAAAUAAAUACUUCACAGAGUUCAAGUAACAGACACAUCUCAACAUCAACUGUUCAGAGGAGACUCCGUGAAUCAGGCCUUCAUGGUCAAAUUGCUGCAAAGAAGCCACUACUAAAGGACACCAAUAAGAAAAAGAGAUUUGUUUGGGCCAAGAAACACGAGCAAUGGACUUUAGACCAGUGGAAAUCUGUCCUUUGGUUUGAUGAGUCCAAAUGUGAGAUUUUUGGUUCCAACCGCCGUGUUUUUGUGAGACGCAGAGUAGCUGAAUGGAUGAUCUCCGCAUGUGUGGUUCCCACCGUGAAGCAUGGAGGAGGAGGUGUGAUGGUGUGGGGGUGCUUUGCUGGUGACACUGUCUGUGAUUUAUUUAGAAUUCAAGGCACACUUAACCAGCAUGGCUACCACAGCAUUCUCCCAUCUGGUUUGCGCUUAGUGGGACUAUCAUUUGUUUUUCAACAGGACAAUGACUCAAAACACACCUCCAGGCUGUGUUUUUAUUUAUUUAUUUUUAUUUUACCUUUAUUUAACUAGGCAAGUCAGUUAAGAACAAAUUCUUAUUUACAAUGACGGCCUACACCGGCCAAACCCGGACGACGCUGCGCCAAUUGCGCGCCGCCCUAUGGGACUCCCAAUCACGGCAGGUUGUGAUACAGCCUGAAAUCGAACCAGGGUGUCUGUAGUGACGCCUCAAGCACUGAGAUGCUGCGCCACUCGGGAGCCCAUGUGUAAGGGCUAUUUGACCAAGAAUGAGAGUGAUGGAGUGCUGCAUCAGAUGACCUGGCCUCCACAAUCACCCGACCUCAACCCAAUUGAGAUGGUUUGGGAUGAGUUGGACCACAGAGUGAAGGAAAAGUAGCCAACAAGUGCUCAGCAUAUGUGGGAACUCCUUCAAGACUGUUGGAAAAGCAUUCCAGGUGAAGCUGGUUGAGAGAAUGCCAAGAGUGUGCAAAGCUGUCAUCAAGGCAAAGGGUGGCUAUUUGAAGAAUCUCAAAUAUAAAAUAUAUUUUGAUUUGUUUAACACUUUUUUGGUUACUACAUGAUUCCAUAUGUGUUAUUUCAUAGUUGUAAUGUCUUCACUAUUAUUCUACAAUGUAGAAAAUAGUAAAAAUAAAGAAAAACCCUUGAAUGAGUAGGUGUGUCCAAACUUUUGACUGGUACUCUAUGUCUGUUGGUAUACUACUGACAUGAAUCAUUUUGAGAUAAGAAUAUUUUUUGUCAACAGACAUAACCCUAUUUACAUGUCUGUUGGUAUACUACAGGAAGGAAUGCUUGAGAAACUUUUAUGAUUCCGUUUUCAAAAAAGUCAAAAGGUAAGACCAGCAGAAAACACAGACACACGAAAACAUGAAAAAGAGAUAGAAAGAUAAGAGGAUGUGGAGGUGAGACUGUUCUGUGACGAGCAGACCUCAGCGUGGGGACAAACGGAUGUCAUGCAGGAAACCAACGGCUUCACCUUGUCCCAGAAUGCAUCAUUCUGUAACCACAUGGGCCUUCUCGGGUCUCUUUCCCCACCUGAUCUCUCUUUGACACACUUUGAGCUAGGGGCAUGCAACACAAACCCUGCAGUCACAUGAAUGUCAGAUACUGUACAGCAUUUCUUGCUGUCAUAAAUCACAAAAAAGCACACAAUAUGAACACACAAUGAAGAUGGGCUCUGAUUGUUUAGAUCAAGCCAGUGAAGUGGAAUCAUAAGCUGUUAAGAAUGAAGUGGACUCACAAGUUGUAUUUGUUGUGGUUAUAUGAUAACUAACCAUUGAAUAAAAACAUGUCGUUGUUGACCUUUGCCUUCUGUUGCAGCUAUGGCACAGCACCUAACAGCAAAACCAUCAAGAACUCAAGACUCGUGAGCCAGAAGGACGAUGUGCACGUUUGCAUCAUGUGCUUGCGAGCCAUAAUGAAUUACCAGGUACUGACUGGUGAUAUCCACUAUCAAAGCAGCCCCCCUGUUACCAAUAAUAUACAGAGUAACCUCAAACACAUAUUCUUCACUCUUUAGUGGCAUUAGACAGAACGUUAAAGCAUAAAUGCAACCAAAUAUCUUGUUUUAAAGAUGUCAAGAGUCUCUGUUGCAGAUGUGUGUGAUGUUUCCUGUAUAAGCCACAGUAAAAGUGAAUAUGUGCAGUGUUCUAAAAUCUAUGCACUGACAGCAUUCAGCCCUUCUCUGCUUCUCGUUGACCACAUCCUGUUCUAUCUCUACCUUCUCUCUACAGUAUGGCUUCAACCUGGUAAUGUCCCACACACACGCAGUCAAUGAAAUUGCCCUCAGUCUGAACAAUAAGAACUCAAGGUAAGAAGAUCUCAGGCUCUAUUUAGAAGCUGUUACUACACACGUCUAGUAACUCCAGGUUGAUCUGAAUUUAAUUUGAUUUGAAGAGUGCAGGGUACAACAGUGUGCAGGUAUCUAUAAUUAUUUCAAGUACAGGCCCUACCCCUGCCUCCACCACAUCUGCAGCUUGAGAGUUUUAAGGGUGGGUCAGGGUGUGGGUCAGACAAUAGGGGAACAUUUGAUCAGCCUGUUCAUAUGAUACGCUCCUCAUUCUCUAGGCUUCCCAUCGGCUUCUCUCUGAUGUUGGGAAUGAGAACCAUACAUCCAGCCUGGUAAAGGCAUGGUUUACAGUAUGUCCCAAAUGGCGCCCUAUUCCCUAUUUAGUGCACUACUUUUGAGUAGGGCCCCUAGGGCUAUGGUCAAAAGUAGCGCACUAUGUAGAGAAUAGGGUGCCAUUACGUAGGGAAUAGAGUGCCAUUACGUAGAGAAUAGAGUGCCAUUACGUAGGGAAUAGAGUGAGUGCCACUAUGUAGGGAAUAGAGUGCCACUAUGUAGGGAAUAGAGUGCCAUUACGUAGGGAAUAGAGUGCCAUUACGUAGGGAAUAGAGCGCCAUUACGUAGGGAAUAGAGCGCCAUUACGUAGGGAAUAGAGCGCCAUUACGUAGGGAAUAGAGCGCCAUUACGUAGGGAAUAGAGCGCCAUUACGUAGGGAAUAGAGUGCCAUUACGUAGGGAAUAGAGCGCCAUUACGUAGGGAAUAGAGUGCCACUACGUAGGGAAUAGAGUGCCAUUACGUAGGGAAUAGAGUGCCAUUACGUAGGGAAUAGAGUGCCAUUACGUAGGGAAUAGAGUGCCAUUACGUAGGGAAUAGAGUGCCAUUACGUAGGGAAUAGAGUGCCAUUACGUAGGGAAUAGAGUGCCAUUACGUAGGGAAUAGAGUGCCACUACGUAGGGAAUAUAGUGCCAUUACGUAGGGAAUAGAGUGCCACUAUGUAGGGAAUAGAGUGCCAUUACGUAGGGAAUAGAGUGCCACUACGUAGGGAAUAGAGUGCCAUUACGUAGGGAAUAGAGUGCCACUAUGUAGGGAAUAGAGUGCCAUUACAUAGGGAAUAGAGUGCCACUAUGUAGGGAAUAGAGUGCCAUUACGUAGGGAAUAGAGUGCCACUACGUAGGGAAUAGAGUGCCACUACGUAGGGAAUAGAGUGCCACUACGUAGGGAAUAGAGUGCCACUACGUAGGGAAUAGAGUGCCACUAUGUAGGGAAUAGAGUGCCAUUACAUAGGGAAUAGAGCGCCACUACGUAGGGAAUAGAGUGCCAUUACGUAGGGAAUAGAGUGCCAUUACGAAGGGAAUAGAGUGCCAUUACGUAGGGAAUAGAGUGCCAUUACGAAGGGAAUAGAGUGCCAUUACGUAGGGAAUAGAGUGCCAUUACGUAGGGAAUAGAGUGCCACUACGUAGGGAAUAGAGUGCCAUUACGUAGGGAAUAGAGUGCCACUACGUAGGGAAUAGAGUGCCACUACGUAGGGAAUAGAGUGCCAUUACGUAGGGAAUAGAGUGCCACUACGAAGGGAAUAGAGUGCCAUUACGUAGGGAAUAGAGUGCCACUACGUAGGGAAUAGAGUGCCAUUACGUAGGGAAUAGAGUGCCAUUACGUAGGGAAUAGAGUGCCAUUACGUAGGAAUAGAGUGCCAUUACGAAGGGAAUAGAGUGCCAUUACGUAGGGAAUAGAGUGCCACUACGAAGGGAAUAGAGUGCCAUUACGUAGGGAAUAGAGUGCCACUACGUAGGGAAUAGAGUGCCAUUACGUAGGGAAUAGAGUGCCAUUACGUAGGGAAUAGAGUGCCAUUACGUAGGGAAUAGAGUGCCAUUACGUAGGGAAUAGAGUGCCAUUACGUAGGGAAUAGAGUGCCAUUACGUAGGGAAUAGAGUGCCAUUACGUAGGGAAUAGAGUGCCACUAUGUAGGGAAUAGAGUGCCAUUACGUAGGGAAUAGAGUGCCACUACGUAGGGAAUAGAGUGCCAUUACGUAGGGAAUAGAGUGCCACUAUGUAGGGAAUAGAGUGCCAUUACAUAGGGAAUAGAGCGCCACUACGUAGGGAAUAGAGUGCCAUUACGUAGGGAAUAGAGUGCCAUUACGAAGGGAAUAGAGUGCCAUUACGUAGGGAAUAGAGUGCCAUUACGUAGGGAAUAGAGUGCCAUUACGAAGGGAAUAGAGUGCCAUUACGUAGGGAAUAGAGUGCCAUUACGUAGGGAAUAGAGUGCCAUUACGAAGGGAAUAGAGUGCCAUUACGAAGGGAAUAGAGUGCCAUUACGUAGGGAAUAGAGUGCCAUUACAUAGGGAAUAGAGUGCCACUACGUAGGGAAUAGAGCGCCAUUAUGUAGGGAAUAGAGCGCCAUUACGUAGGGAAUAGAGUGCCAUUACGUAGGGAAUAGAGUGCCAUUACGUAGGGAAUAGAGCGCCACUACGUAGGGAAUAGAGUGCCAUUACGUAGGGAAUAGAGUGCCAUUACGUAGGGAAUAGAGUGCCAUUACGUAGGGAAUAGAGUGCCACUACGUAGGGAAUAGAGUGCCACUACGUAGGGAAUAGAGUGCCACUACGUAGGGAAUAGAGUGCCACUACGUAGGGAAUAGAGUGCCACUAUGUAGGGAAUAGAGUGCCAUUACAUAGGGAAUAGAGCGCCACUACGUAGGGAAUAGAGUGCCAUUACGUAGGGAAUAGAGUGCCAUUACGAAGGGAAUAGAGUGCCAUUACGUAGGGAAUAGAGUGCCACUACGUAGGGAAUAGAGUGCCAUUACGUAGGGAAUAGAGUGCCAUUACGUAGGGAAUAGAGUGCCACUACGUAGGGAAUAGAGUGCCACUAUGUAGGGAAUAGAGUGCCAUUACGUAGGGAAUAGAGUGCCAUUACGUAGGGAAUAGAGUGCCAUUACGUAGGGAAUAGAGUGCCAUUACGUAGGGAAUAGAGUGCCAUUACGUAGGGAAUAGAGUGCCACUAUGUAGGGAAUAGAGUGCCAUUACGUAGGGAAUAGAGUGCCACUACGUAGGGAAUAGAGUGCCAUUACGUAGGGAAUAGAGUGCCACUACGUAGGGAAUAGAGUGCCAUUACGUAGGGAAUAGAGUGCCACUAUGUAGGGAAUAGAGCGCCAUUACGUAGGGAAUAGAGUGCCAUUACGAAGGGAAUAGAGUGCCAUUACGUAGGGAAUAGAGUGCCACUACGAAGGGAAUAGAGUGCCAUUACGUAGGGAAUAGAGUGCCACUACGUAGGGAAUAGAGUGCCAUUACGUAGGGAAUAGAGUGCCAUUACGUAGGGAAUAGAGUGCCAUUACGUAGGGAAUAGAGUGCCAUUACGUAGGGAAUAGAGUGCCAUUACGUAGGGAAUAGAGUGCCAUUACGUAGGGAAUAGAGUGCCAUUACGUAGGGAAUAGAGUGCCACUAUGUAGGGAAUAGAGUGCCAUUACGUAGGGAAUAGAGUGCCACUACGUAGGGAAUAGAGUGCCAUUACGUAGGGAAUAGAGUGCCACUAUGUAGGGAAUAGAGUGCCAUUACAUAGGGAAUAGAGCGCCACUACGUAGGGAAUAGAGUGCCAUUACGUAGGGAAUAGAGUGCCAUUACGAAGGGAAUAGAGUGCCAUUACGUAGGGAAUAGAGUGCCAUUACGUAGGGAAUAGAGUGCCAUUACGAAGGGAAUAGAGUGCCAUUACGUAGGGAAUAGAGUGCCAUUACGUAGGGAAUAGAGUGCCAUUACAUAGGGAAUAGAGUGCCACUACGUAGGGAAUAGAGCGCCAUUAUGUAGGGAAUAGAGCGCCAUUACGUAGGGAAUAGAGUGCCAUUACGUAGGGAAUAGAGUGCCAUUACGUAGGGAAUAGAGCGCCACUACGUAGGGAAUAGAGUGCCAUUACGUAGGGAAUAGAGUGCCAUUACGUAGGGAAUAGAGUGCCAUUACGAAGGGAAUAGAGUGCCAUUACGUAGGGAAUAGAGUGCCACUACGUAGGGAAUAGAGUGCCAUUACGUAGGGAAUAGAGUGCCACUACGUAGGGAAUAGAGCGCCACUACGUAGGGAAUAGAGUGCCAUUACGUAGGGAAUAGAGUGCCAUACGUAGGGAAUAGAGUGCCAUUACGUAGGGAAUAGAGUGCCAUUACGUAGGGAAUAGAGUGCCAUUACGUAGGGAAUAGAGUGCCAUUACGUAGGGAAUAGAGCGCCAUUACGUAGGGAAUAGAGUGCCAUUACGUAGGGAAUAGAGUGCCAUUACGUAGGGAAUAGAGUGCCACUACGUAGGGAAUAGAGUGCCAUUACGUAGGGAAUAGAGCGCCACUACGUAGGGAAUAGAGUGCCACUAUGUAGGGAAUAGAGUGCCAUUACGUAGGGAAUAGAGUGCCACUACGUAGGGAAUAUGGGGCGGCAGGUAGCUUAGUUGGUAAGAGCGUUGUGCCAGUAACCGAAAGGUCGCUGGUUCUAAUCCCCGAUCCGACUAGGUGAAAAAUCUGUCGAUGUGCCCUUAAGCAAGGCACUUAACCCUAAUUGCUCCUGUAAAUCGCUCUGGAUAAGAGCGUCUGCUAAAUGACUAAAAUGUAAUGUAAAUGGAAUAGUAAAUGACUAAAAUGUAAUGUAAAUGGAAUAGAGCGCCACUACGUAGGGAAUAGAGUGCCAUUACGUAGGGAAUAGAGUGCCAUUACGUAGGGAAUAGAGUGCCAUUACGUAGGGAAUAGAGUGCCACUAUGUAGGGAAUAGAGUGCCAUUACGUAGGGAAUAGAGUGCCAUUACGUAGGGAAUAGAGUGCCAUUACGUAGGGAAUAGAGCGCCACUACGUAGGGAAUAGAGUGCCAUUACGUAGGGAAUAGAGCGCCACUACGUAGGGAAUAGAGUGCCAUUACGUAGGGAAUAGAGUGCCACUAUGUAGGGAAUAGAGUGCCAUUACGUAGGGAAUAGAGUGCCACUACGUAGGGAAUAGAGCGCCACUACGUAGGGAAUAGAGUGCCAUUACGUAGGGAAUAGAGUGCCAUUACGUAGGGAAUAGAGUGCCAUUACGUAGGGAAUAGAGUGCCACUACGUAGGGAAUAGAGUGCCACUAUGUAGGGAAUAGAGUGCCAUUACGUAGGGAAUAGAGUGGCAUUACGUAGGGAAUAGAGUGCCAUUACGUAGGGAAUAGAGUGCCAUUACGUAGGGAAUAGAGUGCCAUUACGUAGGGAAUAGAGUGCCACUAUGUAGGGAAUAGAGCGCCAUUACGUAGGGAAUAGAGUGCCACUACGUAGGGAAUAGAGCGCCACUAUGUAGGGAAUAGAGCGCCAUUACGUAGGGAAUAGAGUGCCACUACGUAGGGAAUAGAGUGCCAUUACGUAGGGAAUAGAGUGCCAUUACGUAGGGAAUAGAGUGCCAUUACGUAGGGAAUAGAGUGCCACUAUGUAGGGAAUAGAGCGCCAUUACGUAGGGAAUAGAGUGCCAUUACGUAGGGAAUAGAGUGCCAUUUCGGAUGAAGGCCUGUUAUAGAUCCAGUUUGUUAGAGGAAUGUUUAGUAUAGAGGGGAUUAUAGUGUUAAAGCGUGGGAGCUCAUCACUUCAUAAUGACUUCUUUUAGUAUAAGCUCUGGUAGAUGCGUGACAAGCCCCUCGCCCCGACUCCUGUGUGGGUGUUAAACAUCAAAGUAGAGAAUUAUGGAUUUAUAUAGUGCUUUAGGUUAUCAAUUGUUGACUACAUUUUGCAUCGGUGAAAAGCAUAGGGCUAAUAUUUAACAAAGUAUAAUAUUAAAUGCCAUUAUAACAAAGUCAUAGUGAGUUGGAUUUGAACCACGUACAGGUCUAGCCAUGUCGUAAUGCAUUGUUAUAUAAAGGUUGUAUCUAUGAACAUUCAUAUUCUGUCUUGACAGGACAAAAGCCCUGGUGCUGGAGCUGCUGGCAGCGGUGUGUCUGGUUAGAGGAGGUCAUGAGAUCAUACUCUCUGCAUUCGACAACUUCAAAGAGGUGAAGUAUUACUUUACUAUUUAACAGACGCUCUUAUCCAGGGGAGGGAAUGGCCGGCAGGGAUGUAGCUCAGUUGGUAGAGCAUGGUGUUUGCAAUGCCAGGGUUGUGGGUUCGAUUCCCAGUAUGAAAAAUAAAAAAAUAAUGUAUGCACUCACUAACUGUAAGUCGCUCUGGAUAAGAGCGUCUGCAAAAAAUAAAAAAAAUAAGUAAACUAUAACCUCAGUAUUAGGCUACUUUAGGCAGAAUUCACCAUUUGUUUUCUUCCAAAUACUUUGAACGCUUGCGUGAGCUUGCUUGGCACAAUAAAACCAACAGAAUAAUCCCAAAAGUGCAAACCCUACCCAUCUGGCUCUUCAGGCAGGCUCAAUGAAAUGCUCAAAGUAUCUGAAAGAAAAUGAAUACUAUUUGAACCCUGGUAGGUCUGUUAGGCAAAGCCCAAAACCAUGCUAUGUCUGGGGCUAUUAAUCUCAUUAAGCCACCAGAUGUGAGGCAACCGUGAUAAGGAUCAAUUUCCUGAUGGGAGUGAGUGGAUCACAAAGGUUUGCUUAGCCUCUCAGUUUCUAGCCUGUAUAGUCAGCUUAACACCGGAAUCAGCCCAUUACUCUGCGCAAUCUGCAGAGCCCCACAGAACCCCAUAGAGCAAUACUCUAAUCAGCCACAACAAUGUGUGAACCAACCAACGACUGUGGUGGGAUUUUAAAAUGUAAUCAUAAUGACAGAUAAGUGUUUACUGAAACGCUAUAGCUAAGAUGUCCGCCACCAGUUUUGGGCUGUAUCCCAAAUGGCAUCCUAUUCCCUAUAUAGUGCACUACUUUUGACCAGAGCCUGCUUUGGUCAAAAGUCAAAAGCAGUGCAAUAUAUAGGGGAUAGGGUGCCAUUUGAGACGCAGUUCUGGUUUAUAGCCAUAUGUGUGCAGCAAUUAAGUAUAAAUUACAAAACAACAACUCUAGGCUAAAGAAUGCUGAUAUGGAAUGAAGGGUUGGAUUUUGUCUUUAUUUAAAUCAGAGGGUUUUCUUUAGGUUGGGAAAUCAGCUUGUUUGUUUUCUUUGUCUCAAGUGUGUGUGUGUGUGUGUGUGUGUGUGUGUGUGUGUGUGUGUGUGUGUGUGUGUGUGUGUGUGUGUGUGUGUGUGUGUGUGUGUGGGAGUCUGGCGAGGUCUCUAUCCCUUUGCCUUAUUUUUACUCUGUUCCCUUCCCAAGAAUUCCUAUAAUUAGGAGGGCUUUUCAUUUCAGAUAGAGUGUGUUGACCGCUGCUUACACUCGUAGCCUUGGCAUGGGUCACUAUCAGUGGAGGCUCCUCAGAGGAGGAAAGGGAGGACCAUCCUCCUCAGUGAAUUUCAUACAAAUAAAAAUAUGGAAACAUGAAAAAAGUUUUUAGAUAAAACGAUACUAAAUAUAUUCACGUCACCAAAUAAUUGAUUAAAACACACUGAUUUGCAAUGAAGGUCUACAGUAGCCUCAGCAGCCCUCUGUAGGGUAGCACCAUGUUGUAGCCGGAGGACAGCUAGCUUCUGUCCUCCUCUGGGUACAUUGACUUCAAUACAAAUAAUACAAAAUACAAAAAUAUCAAAGCAUUUUGGAAACGUAUUGGAACAUAUCGGGAACUGAGCAGAUUCAGAUGUGAACAUAACUGAAAUACAUCCUCCUCUUUUGGAUUUGAAGAUGACUUAAGAUGCGGCAACCCCCCCCCAAAAAAAAUAUGCUCCUGUCUGUAUUGACCUAAUACAUUAUAUUUCUAUUCCUUUUCAGGUGUGCAAGGAGAAGCAUCGCUUUGAGAAGCUGAUGGACUAUUUCCAUGUGGAGGAUGGGAACAUUGACUUCAUGGUGGCCUGCAUGCAGUUCAUCAACAUCAUGGUCCACUCAGUAGAAGACAUGAACUUCAGGGUUCACCUGCAGUAUGAGUUCACUAAGCUGGGCCUAGAUGACUACCUGGAGGUAGGAGGAUGCUAUGAAUACAAUAUAAUAAGUCAUCUAAAUCAUGUAUUUAUGAACAGUCACUAAAACCAAGAUGUCUCCAAGGAGCCAUACAUACUGUAGGCUGUGUCUCAUGCCUUUUGCGGCUGCAUUUGAGGCAGGCAGUUAAAAUUGCCAUUUUAGGUUAUGUCCCUUUUCCAAGAUACCUUAAAAUGUUGCCUUCUACGGUACCUUCAUAAUGUGAACCUGAACCUCUCCUUCUCUCCCUCCAGAAAUCCAAGUACACAGAGAGUGACAAGCUGUCAGUCCAGAUCCAGGCCUACCUGGACAAUGUGUUUGAUGUGGGCGGCCUGCUGGAGGACGCAGAGACCAAGAACGUGGCUCUGGAGAAGGUGGAGGAACUGGAGGAGCACCUGUCCCAUGUAAGAACCACCAGACAGACCAGACCACCCACUAUGCCUCUGUACAGGAUUGGAAUGUUUUCACAUGUGUUAUAGGUCAAAUACACACAUGGCAAUGAGUCUUGUAGUUGUUAUUAGCACUGAAUUCUAUAGAAUAUUUGGCCUUUUCCAUACUGAUGAUUGUACAUGAAAAGAGUUCCAUGAAGUACCGUAAUCAGGUACGUCAUUAUCAGGUCUGAUUGGGUCUUCUCUGCUAUGUCAGUCAGUCAGUCAGUAAUGUGAAGUAAACCAUCCACCAUGUUGUUCCAGUGAACCCUUUCUAACACAGAAAGGUCAGAGGCGCACGUGCCGUCAUCUGGAGAAUUUCAAAACAACCCCGGCUUUCAGGGGCCAGGAAUUACGGGGGAGGAGGAGAGCGAACAUUCCCAGAGAAUUCCUUUCAUUCUUGUACAGCAUGUUAUCCAAUUUCAAAAGUGAAAGCUAGCUAGGUCAUGUCAACCUCACUUGCACUUGAUGUGUCAUGCUGCUAGGCAUAUCACAUUUAUUAUUGAUGCUGCGGCGAAUAAAGUACAGGGGAGAGAGAGAGAGAUAGAGAGAGAGCGAUAAAGGGAGUGGAACUGGGCGAGAUGCCCGGGUUGGACUUUACUGCAUCAAUGCUUUAAUUCACCUCCUCUAUCCCUGUUGUCCCAUCUCUCCACUCCCUCUGCUUUUCUCUCCAUGCCUCCGACCUUCUCUUUCUUUGCUCACCCUCUCUAUCCUCUCCACCCUGUACUAGGUGACGGAGAAGCUGCUGGAGGUGGAGAAUGAGACCAUCAUGAAAGUGGCUGAUCUGGAGAAGCAGCUCCUACAGAAGGACAAGGAUCUCCACGUCAUACGGGUAAGAUAAGCUGGUGAUCAUUAUUAUAAUACGGAAUCCAAUUAUCAUUACAUUUCUCAUAUGCAGCAUCAGAUGUACUCUUGAUGAUUCAGCACAGCCGUAGCGUGUCUUUGCACGUCUUAAUGUUGUAUUAAUAUGUUGUUUUGCAACAGUGUUUUACGACACCUGGUUGAGUAGAUGUACGGCCAUGGCAGAAUACCAUCAACGUUUGAUUAACUAUGCUCUAGCAAGAAUGGUAUUAUAGCAAAUUGAUCGGCAGGAUAUGGAAUGAUUAUGAUCCUGUAUAGUUUGUGGAGUCAUUUCUCUCUAUCUCCCCCUGGUGGUCUGACCCAACAGGAGACAUAUGAGUCGACCAACACCCAGGUCCACACCCUGAGGAGGAUGAUCAAGGAGAAAGAAGCUGCCUUCCAGAGGAGCUUCAACAUCGAGAAGCGCCUGCUGGAGAUGGAACAGCAGGGGACCAUCCGCCUCCGCAAGAAGCCAGAUGGGGACAUCGCCAUCGAGCCCCUGGGAGGGGGUGGUGGUGGUGGUGGUGGUGGUGGAGGAGGGAGUGGAGGUCCAGGUGUGCCUCAGGGUGACUUUGGGCAGAACAGAGGGUUCUCAGUGGGGCCUGGAGGAGUAACAGGGCCAGGAGGACCAGGAGGACCAGGGACUAGUCUACCAUCAGCCAGUGAAGCACCUCCUCCCCCGCCUCCCCCUCCACCGCCUCCUCCUCCUCUGCCCUCUGCUUUAGGUACAGUACCAUGAUCAGUUAUACUAUUUCACAUCAUUGUGCCGACUCCAACUGUACUGUGUUGGCUUUCUUUUAACAUUGUCCUUCAUAGCAGGGGAUCUCAACCUUUUCCAUUCCAAAUUCCAAGGGCCACUGAAAGGUUGAGAAUCAAUACUUUACAGCACAAACUAUGAUGGAUGCGUAACCAGGCCAGCACAGUACAGCUCAGCUCGGCUCUGUAGUGUGAAAAGGGUAUUACUGUCUGUGCUAAACAGUGUGUGUGGUAUACAUGUAUGUAUGAGAGAGGAAGUCACUAGAGUCCAAAUGGACAUAGGGGACAUAGGUCUAUGAGGGCAGAUCUAUUUUAGAGUUGCCCUCUGUGCCCUUUUGUGCCCAGCCAGGUGAUUGGUCAAAGUAGGGCCCGGGCCCCGCCAGUCCAGACAGGAAAGGGAAACGCUAGGGUGUUUCCUCCCUCACUGUGAAUCAGGGUGCUGACAGGCUGUGCACAUACACACGCAUGGCAAGCACACACACACACACACACAAGGAAACAGCUGGAUGGACGCACAACACUAGUGUAUGCCAUCAUAAACCAAUAUUAUGGAUUAUCUUCUACUCAUCGUACUGAUUUGGUACAGCAUGUUAGAACUAGCCUCUCUCACAGACAUUCAUAAGCUUGAGAUUUGAUUAUGGCUCAUGAGAACAGAGCUACACAGACUAUGGCGUUGUUGGUCGAUGCUGACUGAGUGUUUGUCUUCUAUUCCACAGGAGAGAAUGCUCCACCCCCACCUCCUAUGGCCCCGCCUUUACCAGGAACUACACCCAACUUCAUCCUCAAUAUGGGCCUAUCAGGUAAGAGCUAACAUCAGCCUCGAAAUAUGAUGCAUUGCACGUCUGCUAUGGUGCCAUUAUGAUUCAUCUAAACUAAAAAAGAACUUAGGGUGGAGUAUAGAAUGUGUUGAAAUGAAUACAGUACAAGAUACAAGUCUGAUUGUGUGAUGGUAAUGUGCCUGAUUUUCUAUAUAACGACUGUCCUGAUAUUCUAUGUAAUAAUGAGUGUAAUGUCGGUCUGCAGCUAUCAGGAUCAAGAAGCCCAUCAAGACCAAGUUCCGCCUGCCUAUUUUCAACUGGACCGCGCUGAAACCCAACCAGAUCAACGGCACGGUCUUCAGCGAGAUAGAUGAUGAACGAGUACUAGAGGUGAGUCUACCAGUCCAGGAUAAACCUCCAUUUAGGUGCCUUCAUCUGACAGUUUAGCUCUUAAUUAGGGGCCCGAGUUGUUCCUUGUCAUGUCGCGUGGUCAGGAAAAUAGGCCCUCAAGGCCCUCCUCCUAACUCAUUGUAUACUGAUUGUCAAACCAGCCCUGUUUUGUUUUUUUGCAAUAAAAACUAAACAGAAAACUCCUAACUGAAACAAUUAUCUUUGUCAUAGAAAAUGUACAUGCUUUGAGGUAUCACGUUUGACUGAGUGUGUGGUGUGUGUUGUCUGUCUAUAGGAGCUGGAUGUGGAGAAGUUUGAGGAGCUUUUUAAGACCAAGGCCCAGGGUCCUUUGGUGGACCUGAGUGGUCCCAAGACCAAAGUGUCUCAGAAGGCUGCCAACAAGGUCAGCCUGCUGGACGCUAACCGCUCCAAGAACCUGGCCAUCACCCUGAGGAAGGCCAACAAGAGCACUGAGGAGAUCUGCAAAGCCAUACAGAGGUACGUACUGUAACCUAUACCUUGCUCUCCACAAAUCAAUUGUAUUUUUACAUCAACAAUUCAGUUGUCACAAAGUGCUUUACAGUAACCCGGCCUGGACCUUCAAAGAGCAAGCAAGAAGCACAGUGUCCAGGAAAAACUCCCAAGAAAGAAGAAACCUAGCGAGGAACCAGACUCCGAGGGGCCCAACCAUCUGGUUCUACCAGCAUAGUUUCCAGUUCUAGCGCUGAUGUUUCUAACCGGUCUCCCCCCUCUGAUGCUUUAUGCUCGGUCUCCUUACCCAGGUUUGACCUGAAAGCACUGCCGUUGGACUCAGAGGAGUAUCUGAUGUUUCUAAACUGUCAGUAUUGCAACCUCUACUAUUUGUUUCUCCCUACAGCUUCGAUCUGAAGGCCCUGCCGGUGGACUUCGUGGAGUGUCUGAUGCGGUUCCUUCCCACAGAGGCGGAGGGGAAGAUGAUGCGUCAGUACGAGCGGGAGCGGCGACCGCUGGACGCGCUGACGGACGAGGACCGAUUCAUGCUCUUCUUCUCCAAGAUCGAACGGCUCACCCAGAGGAUGAAUAUUAUUACGUUUGUAGGGAACUUCUCAGACAACGUCAGCAUGCUAACCCCGCAGCUCAACGCCAUCAUCGCAGCGUCCGCAUCCGUCAAGUCUUCACCAAAGUUAAAACGAAUGCUAGAGGUAAGGGUUCUCUCUUGGAUUCCAUCAUCAGGGAUUAAAGUAGUUUGAAUUGGAUGAGAAGCAUCCUUUCAGUUUAGCAAUCAGUGGUGAGUUUAGCACUAAAAUCAUCUAGGCCAGUUGUAGGCAAUGGAUCUUAGUGCUACAACUAUUUUGGGAAACUCUGUUGUUUUUGCUUGACCCUGGCCAUGUUUUUAUGGUGCUAAAAUGUGUAUUCUUACUUUCUGUGCGCUCAUAGAUCAUCUUAGCCCUGGGAAACUACAUGAACAGCAGCAAGAGAGGCUCUGUGUAUGGCUUCAAACUACAAAGUCUUGAUCUGGUGAGUACUGUACGAAACAAAGUAGCUCAUUUUAGAGAGCUGCUGUGUGCAAGUCCUCAAGCGACUUCUCAAGUGUUGACUGUAUCUUCAAGGGGCUACACUUUGAACUUUUUUCAAGAUGUACUCUUCCAGAAUGAAAAGGGCCUUGGCUGAUAUGUAUUCUGGCCAUGUAUUCAGUUUCAAGUGCUCAGUUUAUCUCCAUAUUAGUUAUACAAGGCUAUAAUUAUACACUUGUUUCAAGCGUGAUAAAAGAGGCUUGGCUGAUAUGAAUUGCUCUCCUCCCCCAGCUGCUGGACACCAAGUCUACAGACAGGAAGAUGACUCUGCUCCACUACAUAGCUGUGGUUGUCAAGGAGAAGUAUCCUGAGCUGGCUAACUUCUUCAAUGAACUGCACUUUGUGGACAAAGCUGCUGCAGGUGAGUACACUUCUACACAGACACCAUGAGACAGGAAUGGGACUCCUCUUCUCUUCUGAUCUCUUUCUCUUCUAACUUUAUGAAGAAGACAGUUUAUGUGAACCACAGUAGAAUUGAGGGGUCUUGAUAUUUGUGUGUGUGCCUGCAUGCUUAUCUCUCUCUCUAGUAUCUCUGGAGAAUGUGCUGCUGGACGUGCGGGAGCUGGGUAAAGGGAUGGAUCUGAUCAGGAGAGAGUGUAGUCUCCACGACCACUCUGUUCUCAAGGGCUUCCUCCAGACCAGCGACACUCAGCUGGACAAACUGCAGAAGGACGCCAAGACUGCCGAGGUAAACUAAACACAUCCUAUCAAAACUACAAACACAAUUGUUCAAUACAAGUCUCUAAACGUUUCAACUUCUAAACAUCUUCCACUACCCUAAAAAAAAUGUUUGGACCGCUAAAGCAUGCACAACAUUUUUCUUCAGGAAGAAUUGCCUGUCUAAAACUACAAACGGGUCAAAACCAAAUAUAACACAACUUAGUGUAACACGACCCAACACCUCUUCCUAGAAGCAGCACAACAAAGCCCAAGAUACAACAAUGCAGCACAACACUUACAGGAACUUGACCUCAAACAAAAGGCUUUGUAAAGGUUAGCGAUGUUGACAAAUGUGUCCCACCCUUGACACUUCUGUCUCCCCAUGUCAUUUCUAGGAAGCCUUCAACAAUGUGGUGAACUAUUUUGGGGAGAGUUCCAAAACGACUCCUCCGUCUGUGUUCUUCCCUGUGUUUGUGCGAUUCAUCAGAGCUUACAAGGUAAGGAAGGACCAAACAGCACAGUUCUAACAUAUAUCUUUACCCCUUUACGUGUAUAUAAUAUGCCAUAUAGCAAAUGCUUUUACAGUAAAACGAGUGCAUACAUUUCUUAUGCGUAUGUGAUCCCCCUGUAGGAAAUGAACCCACAACCCUGUAGUGCCUUGAAGUGUCGCUAGCGCCACACUCUUACCAACUAAGCCACACAGGACCAUGUUAAGGUGGAGCUUGCUCUCUCUGUCCUAUGGGAGUUAGCCUAACCUUGGGUUAGUCUGGGUCUGGGUGUUGCCCUGCUGCCUCUAAGAGCAGAGCAGAGCUGCUUGUGUGCCACAGGACAGGGUGUGGACUGGAGUCACAGGUCUAAUAACAGGAUGGGCCAGCUGGGUCUGCCUUCAGAGCAGCAGCUGUGGUGUUUAGACUGGGCCCCGUCUCCCGCCUCCUUCCCCCCUGCUUUCCCCUUUCUCCCCCUGCCUCCCCACUCUGACCCCUGGACCGAGGGCCCCACCCUGCCUCUGCUUCCCCCUGCCUCCACCCUGACUCCCCCCCGGAAGGACAGACGGCCCCUGCCACACAGACACCUUCCUGAGAUUGUUCUCUACAAGGAUUUAUGGAUCUGCAGGAGCUGUGCGCUUGCGUGUGUGUGAGAGAGAGAGAAAUAGAGAAGGGAAGAGAGAGAGAGAGACACAGAGAAGGGAAGAGAGAGAGAGAGAGAGAGACACAGAACAUGUAUGGUGCUGACUGUUUAGCUACAUGAAAGUGUGUUUUCUUUGUGUUUACUCAACACCCAGAUCCAUAUAUUUCCAUAGCUUGGCUUAGCCAGUGUCUUGACUGGUAUUGAAUUGAAGUCUCAUUUUGUGUUCUCCUCCCUACAGGAUGCGGUGGUGGAUAAUGAGCAGAGGAAAAAGCAGGAGGAAGCCAUGAGAGAGAAGUUACUGGCUAAGGAGGCCAAGCAACAUGACCCCAAGGUACAAUACUAGAAGUCUCCCUAGCCCUGACUGCCAGACAAGGCCCAAAAAGCCAAGACGAUGAUCAUACUCAAACUGGACUCAACCAACAGUAGUAAAAUUGAGCUUAUUGUACAAUGACUCUAGAUAGUCUAGAUGUAGAAUGUAGACUAAAUGGUGGAUAAUUAUGCAAUCAACAAAGCCUUAUAUUUCUCAAUAUAUUUCUCACACUUCCAAUAAGGAGUUCGUGCAUUUGUAUGAUUGAAAUGAUCCAUGGGCAGCUCAAGCUAUUUGGGGGACCUAGGCAGGAUUUGAUGUUCUUCCUCCUCUCCCUCCCAGGUCCAGGUAGUGAAGAAGAGGCAGCAGCAACAGGAGCUGAUCUCAGAGCUGCGUAAACGCCAGGCUAAGGACCACCGGCCCGUCUACGAGGGGAAGGACGGCACCAUCGAGGAUAUCAUCACAGGUGGGCUCGACAUGCAGCCUCGCAGGCAGCCACGCAGCCCUCAGCCAGGCCCCAGUAGGAGCCCCAGGUCCCCUGGUCCAAGCCCCAGCCACCGUCCAAGCAGUCCUAGGGGCAGAGGCCGAGGCCAGGCUAAGAUCACUGUGGUCCUCAACUGCUCGGCUGGAGGAGCACUCUGUUACGUGGUUCAGACACCACUGCUAGAAGCUAUACAGCAGCUAGACAACAGAAGAUUCCAGUUCUGAACGUCCCAGUAGUUUGUUUUUGUGGCCUGCUAGUUAUUUAGAUUAGUAGUGUCUCAUCAUUAUACAGUAGCUGUGCAGCUAAGCAGCAAGUCAAGCCAUUGGAUCUGUUAUGCAUGUCACAAUAGAUCAAAAAUGGCAUCUUAUCCCAAUGCCCUGUUUCGUGGGAGGUGCAAACUCAGGACAGUUCCUAACUUAACUCUAAUUAAUCAACAUCUACAGUGAAAUAAUACAAAUGUUAAAUGUUAAUAAUGCUAAUAAUAUGUUAAUAAUGCUUUUCCUCCCCACUACUAGCCCUGGUCCUUUACAACACUUGCGUCAUCUACGUUACGCUACAGACAGGAUAGCCCUGUCCUCCUGGACAUAGCGUGUGUCUGACAUGGCACUUUAUUCCCUAUAGUGCACUACUGGUCAAAAGUAGUGCACUAUAUAGGGAAUAUGGUGCAUUUCAGAUGCACCCAAAUACCUUUUGAGGGCUUUAAGACCCACAGUAAUGUAGUCUGGUCCUCCAAUACUCCAAUACAGCGAGGUGUGACACAGAGAGAGCUGGUAUACUGGAUACAGAUAUUACAGUUAUAGGACAGUUGCAGCACCUUGAGGAGUGCCUGUGCUGUUCUAGACUGUACCAGGCUGAUGGAAGAUAGGGGGGUGUACAACAGUACAAUAACAGUACAGGUUCCUCUGUCUCAGGUGUGACGUUUUCUCCCCUCCUCCUCCUCCCCCCUCAGUGCUGAAGAGCGUCCCCUUCACAGCCCGUACUGCUAAACGAAGCUCACGGUUCUUCUGUGAGGCACAGCUCUGUGACGACUCCAACUGCUAGCCCCUACAGUUCCUCCCCCUAUUGCCAAGGUUGUCCAGAACAGGUGUCCUCUCCUCGUUACCCCCCUGCCUGACCACUGUGCAUGCAGCAUGACCCCCCGACCUCAUCACUCCCUAAGACUACUCCUUACCCCCCCCCUUUACUAAUUUAGGCCGGGCUGCGCAGUGCGGUUUGUUUGAAUCCCGGCCCUCGACUCUUAUUGGUGGCAAGUGUGUGUUCUAUCUACCUCAAAAGCACUUCUACCUGAAUUAACAGGAUAGAAGUCAGACAGCCAAUCCUCUGAAUGACUGAACCUGAUAUUUUGAUAUUCAUGCUGAAUCAAAGGCUAAUGUUACAAUGGGAAUAUAUUAUUAUUUACACUGAACAAAAAAUAUAAACGCAACAUGCAAUAAUUUUAAAGAUUUUACUGAGUUACAGUUCAUAUAAGGAAAUCAGUCAAUUUAAAUCAAUUCAUUAGGCCCUAAUAUAUGGAUUUCACAUGACUGGGAAUACAAAUAUGCAUCGGUUGGUCAGAGAUACCUUAAAAAAAAGGUAGGGGCGUGGAUCAGAAAACCAGUCAGUAUCUGGUGUGAUCACCAUUUGCCUCAUGCAGCGCGACACAUCUCCUUCGCUUAGAGUUGAUCAGGCUGUUGAUUGUGGCCUGUGGAAUGUUGUCUCAGUCCUCUUCAAUGGCUGUGUGAAGUUGCUGGAUAUUGGCGGGAACUGGAACACGCUGUCGUACACGUUGAUCCAGAGCAGCCCAAUCAUGCUCAAUGGGUGACAUUUCUGGUGAGUAUGCAGGCCAUGGAAGAACUGGGACAUUUUCAGCUUCCAGGAAUUGUGUGCAGAUCCUUGCGACAUUGGGUCAUGCAUUAUCAUGCUGAAACAUGAGGUGAUGGCGGCGGAUGAAUGGCACGACAAUGGGCCUCAGGAUCUCGUCACGGUAUCUCUGUGCAUUCAAAUUGCCAUCGAUAAAAUGCAAUUGUUUUCGUUGUCCGUAAUUUAUGCCUGCCCAUACCAUAACCCCACCACCACCAUGGGGCACACAACGCCAUACACAAUGUCUGCCAUCUACCCAGUACAGAUGAAACCGGGAUUCAUCCGUGAAGAGCACACUUCUCCAGCGUACCAUUGGUCAUCGAAGGUGAGCAUUUGCCCACUGAAGUUGCUUACAAUGCCAAACUGCAGUCAGGUCAAGACCCUGGUGAGGACGACGACGAGCACGCAGAUGAGCUUCCCUGAGAAAGUUUCUGCAGAAAUUCUUCGGUUGUGCAAACCCACAGUUUCAUCUGCUGUCCGGGUGGCUGGUCGUAGAUGUUCCCGCGGGUGAAGAAGCCAGAUUUGGUGGUCCUGGGCUGGCGUGGUUACAUGUGGUCUGCGGUUGUGAGGCCGGUUGGACGUACUGCCAAAUUCUCUAAAACGACGUUGGAGGCGGCUUAUGGUAGAGAAAUUAACAUUCAAUUCUGGUGGGCAUUCCUGCAGUCAGCAUGCCAAUUGCACGCUCCCUCAAAACUUGAGACAUCUGUGGCAUUGUGUUGUGACAAAACUGCACAUUUUAGAGUGGCUUUUAUUGUUCCAGCACAAGGUGCACCUGUAUAAUGAUCAUGCUAUUUAAUCGGCUUCUUGAUAUCCCACACCUGUCAGGUGGAUGGAUUAUCUUGGCAAAUGAGAAAUGGUCACUAACAGGGAUGUAAACAAAUUUGUGCACAAAAUAUGAGAGAAAUCAGCUUUUUGUGCGUAUGGAAAAUGUCUGGGAUCUUUUAUUUCAGCUCAUGAAACAUGGGACCAACACUUUACAUGUUGCGUUGAUAUUUUUGUUCAGUAUAGUAAGUAGUACGAAAUAUAAUCAUAUGAUCAAGUUGCAUCUACUGUAGCAUAAUAACAUGAGCACGGAAAGCUACAUUAUGUAUAAGAUAUCUAUCAGUUCAUUCAGGAUGUAUUUAUUUAAAUCUUAAAAAUACAGUAUAAAGAGGUUUGGCUAUUAAACCAAUCUUGUUAACUAAACAAUGCCUUGUUGUUCCAUGAAACUAACUAAUAUGAUUGGUUUGGUUUCCCUCUAACCUGGUAACAACCUUUCCUCAACCAUCACUCUUUUUUCUUCAUUCUACCCCUCUGAACAGCUGAACAGAAGAUUAAUAACAGUAUAUGCCACUCCUAAACGCUGCAGGGUAAGGAAGGUAGCCUGAAGCCUGGCCUGUCUGCUUUGGCCCUGGCCCUGGCCCUGCUUGUGCUGUGGCCCCUCUGUGUGCUGCUAGCUACAGUCUAUGGUGUUGCUAGUCAUGUCAGCUGCUUUAGCCAACCCAGCGCUUCAGAUUCAUUAUAACAGCUAGACCUGCUUUACUGUACUGCACAGCAGUAAGAUAUGCUAUGCUUUACAACAGUCAGAUAUGCUUUACUGUACAACAGUAAGAAACGUGCAGCUGAGCCUCCAUUGCAUCGAGAUUUAUGAAGCCAUUUACAACCCCUUCAAUAUUUUCAAACAAUCCAACUCACUUUCCCAAAGAGCCAGCAGAAGCGCAAAUAUCAGGUCCAUCUCGUUUCCAUAUACCUCUCAAGAUGGCAGACUAUUUCAUCCACCAUGAAAGUCUUCUUCUACUCAGGUCCCUCCAUCAUCACCACCACCUCACUCACCUCUUUCUUCCAUGUUGCAUGCUGUGUCCAGUGUUCUGUCAAUCCACCACUCAGUCACCUGUUGAUGUCAUGUCUCCAUGUCCUGUUUUUCCCUGUUAACUGUGACUUGCGGUGUGCUGAGCAGCUCGAUGGUCAACAAGCUCUGUUGAGGCCCCUGCACAUCCACACAAACACCGACAUAUUCAGACAAAAGGACAUACAGAAAAAAAUACAGAAACAUUGGUAACACUACUUGAACACUCCAUUAUAAAGGGCUACAUAACACUGUCAUAAUCAUGACAUAACAGAUGUCGUUAACAUUUAAGGAGACAUUUUAGAGACGAGAGCUCCUCUCUCCAGCAACAGGCUAGAUUAGUUUUAUGAAUAUUUAGCGUCUCUUUAGCACAGUACCUCACAGAGCUCGUUGACUGCCACAACUGUGAUAUUAUUAUAACGUGUGAUUAUUAUUUUCUUUCGUAGUUAUGUUGUUGACAUAGUGAUUUAUUUGAAUAACUACACCCCCAUAGCCUUGGGAUGAAAAAUCCAUAUUUCUCUGUCAGUUUUAAGUUGACAAUGCAAGGCUAUGUGAAGGCAUCAUUCUCUUUUUGGUUAACGGAUACUCACUUUCAAUUGGCUACCCAUUUGAUAACAUGUAACUAAAAUUUGAAAAUGUGAAACAUAAUUUGCAGAAAUAUACUGUUUAGGAUAAGCACUGCAAAUAGAUGUUCCUUAAUCAACAACCUCAAACCUGAGCAUGACGCCACUGGAGCAGUUUGACUUCCCAGUUAACCUGAGUGACCCCUCUCUCCCCCCCUCACCCACUCACAGAUCUCCGCAGCCAGCCUUUCCUGCGGCACGACGCGCUGAUCCGGAGCGGCUGGAAGAGACCCUAAACAACCCACUCGUUCCUCCUCACUUAUCCCCCCUUCCCUU